AUUAAAACACCAAUGCUUUAUAGCAUAAUAGAACCGAUCUAUCUGGAAUGAAAAAUUCUAACAUGAUGGUCAGUACAACUAUAGUUCAAAAUAUUGUUGAAUGGAUCAAUAUUAACUCGCUGCUCGAAUUGAGGCACUUCCUCUCCACAAAUCUGCAAACAUUGAAUGCCAAAUUAAAAAGAAGCCCCUAGGAUUCUCACAGUAUCAAACAGCAAGAAAAUGGGUGUCAAGGAACAUCCGCAUCAAUACAGAAGAUUUAAUUUAGAACAAUUUCCACAAUCAUCUAUACUCAUAUUCUGUAAAAGCAGAAUGAAAUAGGUGACAACAUAACUGAGCAUGUAGACUGAGGAGAAUGACAGAAUGCUGCACCGCCAAUCUUGUCAAUGGUUUCUUAAAACACCGUUAUUAUAUGUGUUGUUCAAUGUGAUUAAUUCCUUCCUCAUCGAGGAUCAAGAACUCCAACCAGCUGUCUCUCAAUUUGACUCACGAAACAACAUAUAACCUGCCAUGGAACUCAGAAAGACAAAAUACAAUGCUCAACUUAUAUAGUCAAGACAGUGUGGGACACAAAGCAGGUAUAAGGUUGUUCUGUACCUAAUUAGCAAGUCCAAGUUCCAUAUACAGCCUCAAGGAAUUGAAUUAUUGUAGUACUAUAGAGAGGCCAAAGGAAUUAGCAAAUCCAAUUUUCAUUUACAGUAUCAAUUUGUCAUCCCUACCAAGUUCAAAUUCAUGGGAAAAAGAAAUUGAUCCAAACUGUAAAUCACAUGAACUGUAAGGGAAUGUUGAGUUCAUAGAUGGAUGUACUGAAACGACAUAGAUGAAUCUAUGUACGUGAAAUUGAGUUAAAGCGUUAGUGAAUGAUAUAUGAUCCACGAUUGAACCUCUCCCAACAACUCGAGUUAUUGGGACUAACUGGUUCUUGAUAUGGUAUCAGAGCCUUAUAAGACAGAAAGGUCUUGUGUUCGAAUUCCCGUGACCCCGUUUGUGAAGCACAUGGUAUCGUGUAUUCAGACCUGUGCAAACGAAAGCCCUUAUGAGGUGACUGGCUUUCAUUUGAUGGGGUGUGUUAGUGAAUGGUAUAUGAUCUACGAUUGAACCCCUCCCAACAACUCGAAUUAUUGGGACUAACUGGUUUUUGACAAAAGCGACAUAGAUAGAUCUACAAGUCGUUCAACUGAUCAUCAUUGUUCUCCUAUAUAAAGCUAGGCAACCUAUGAACAAUCAACAUUGCAAGGACAACUUGGUGUUUAUGUGAUCAUGGAUAUAUAACCUUAAACCCAUGGCAGAAGAAGGCUGUCAGAUGCCCUCUAAAUGAAGCCUGUAAUAAGACCCGGCCACCAUCUUUUCAAGCUUAAUACAUUCCAGCUACCUAGGUAAAGGCUUCUCAGCACAUUUGGUCAGUCAAAACAAUAAUGUAAACCACGAGUGACGAGUACGUACCUCAAAAAACACAGUGACGCCCCACCAUUGAUCUCUACAUAUAUCAAACCACAAAAGGUUCGGAUAAGUUACUAGACCGAGUUUGGGUUCCACAUACAAUAAUGAACACAUGAAACAACCACAUAUAUAGCUAGCUAGGCAUGAUUCGGUUAUACGACAUAUUUAUCCGAGGGAUUCUGUAGAAUAUUAGAGUAGCGCAAACCUCCUUAUCCACCAAUUUCAAAUGGUCGCCGGCGAUGUAACAUGAAGCAGAAGCUACAGCCUGGAUAAGUAGGAAGGUUUUGUACCUGAUAAGUGGUGGAGCAUGAGGAUCCAACAAAGGAUGUCAUUUCAUAUCACAUAAAUAUUUGAAUAAACAUUUUAAAUGUAUGAUUUUAAAAAAAAUUGAUAGUUAAGUAGACCCCUUUUAUUAUAUUAUAUAGUAUUGGUGGUUGUAGGUACAAAUUGAAUUUGUACCAUAACAUAAACGUACAAGUUUCAAUUUGUAUCAUAAUUCUUAUUUUUACCUUUAUGUUAUGAUACAAGUUUAGUUCGUAUCUUAUAAUGAUAAUACAAAUUCAAUUUGUACCAUAAAUAAAUUUGUACACAAAAAUAUAGGUACAAAUUGAAUUUGAUAAAUAUUUUUUAAUGAAAAUUUUAAAUAAUCAACUAAUAUAAAAAAAAUCCAUAAAAACUACCACGUACGUGUAUGUUUUCCCCCCAAAAAUUGAAGUGUAAAAAACAGCCAGUCAAUCUCAAGCAAAUUAUUCAAUGUCCGUGUUCCUCAUACUGCAAGGAAUAAUUCAGGAGAUACAUGGUUUAAUAGCAGGGUUUUGGUGGGGUAGGAAGCAGGAGGAAAAAAGAAUACACUAGAUGAGUUGGGAGAAAUUGUGUCGAUCAAAGCAAGAAGGAGGAAUGGCAUUCAGAGAUGUACAUGACUUUAACUUGGAGCUAGCUUCUAGGAAGACAGGUAUGGAAUCUACUAAAAAAUCCUACCUCCCUAGUGGCACAAGUUUUUAAAGCUAUAAAUACUAUCCUCACUGCUCAAUCCUCACUGCUCAAUCGUAAAGGUUUCGGUUGGCAACAAUUCUAGCUACAUUUGGAGAUCUCUUAUGGCAGCCCAAUGUGUAGUUAGAGAAGGAAUAAGGUGGAGAAUUGGGGAUGGGAAGCAAAUCGGAAUAUGGUGGGAUAAGUGGAUACCUGAAGGACCAGAUUACAAAGUGAAAACACAAAUGGAUGGACUGAACUGGGAUGCAAGGGUGGAGAGUCUGAUUGAUGAAGAGACUAGAACUUGGAAGAGCAGCUUGUUACAAAGGCAUUUUCAGCCAAAAGAUUGUAAGAGAAUCAUUCAUAUUCCCCUAUCACGUCAUCCUUUUGAAGAUACCAGGGUCUGGGGACCUGAGAAACAGAGGGGAUACUCGGUCAAAUCUGCUUACUACCUAUGGGGGGAAAUGAGACUGUAGAGGGAGAACGAUAAGUCCCAAUUGAUUGGAAACGUCUAUGGCACUUGAAGAUUCCACCAAAGAUUAGUGUUUUCAUCUGGAGAUGGGGCAGUAAUAUACUUUUCACAGGUUCAAAUCUAGUACGCAGAGUAAAGGAGGCUUAUGAGGGGUGUCCAUUCUGUGGAUUACUCUAGACACAGGAACACAUAACCCGUGAUUGCGAUUGGGCUGGAAGAGUGUGGCGACAUAGUUUUCUAAGGAAAAUCUUUAGCAUGGGUGAAAGUUAAACUAGCAAGGAAUGACUUUGUGAGGUAAUGGAAACAUCGACGGAUGAGGAGCUGAGUUCGUUCAUAAUAGCCCUAUGAUUUUUAUGGAAGGAAAGGAACAACCGGUGGUUCAAUAACCAUAAGCUGGAAGAUUGGGAGAUUAUUGCUCGAUCUGAACAGUAUAUAGAGGAAUUAAAAGCCGUGCAUGAAAAGAGAACUAACCUGUCGACAUCGGGCAAGUAGGAUUAUAGAUGGGAGAAGCCUAGAGCGGGAACCUUCAAGGUGAAUGUUGAUGUUGCGAUUCUUAAAGAAGAGGGCAUUUGCUUCGGCAUGGUAAUUCGUGAUGAUACAGGGACCUUCAAAAUGACAGCAGUCCAUCGAACUAGAACACCCUGGAUGCCGGAGCUUGCUAAAGCAAAGGCGAUUUUCUAGGCGAUGAGGCUGUCAAUUAUUCAUCAGUGCCGACCGUUGUUGGUUGAAUAAGAUUGUCUGACGGUUAUAAACAAGAUCCAGGAGGAAAAUCGAUCUGAUUUGGAGGUAGAGACUAAAUGUGGGGAGAUAAGGAAGAUGAUGAAGGAGGAAAUGGGGGUUAGGGUUCUAUUUUGGAGGAGAAAAUGGAAUGAAUUGGCUCACCUAAUGGCCAGGGUGAGAUGUAAUUGGGAUGAAAAUGAGAUUUGGUUCGACCGACCACUGGUCAUCUUAGUGAACCAACUCAUUGCUGACUGUAAUAACCCCUGCCUUUGAUGCAUUAAUAAAUUCCAGGCGAGGCGAGUUAUAAAAAAAAUAACCGCCAGCUCCUGGGCGAGGAAAUUAAACGGGCGAUACUUGGCAACAACCUGGGUUGCAGCCCGUAGCAGCUUCCAGCACACAUGGCACCUAAGGAUUGGCCCAAAAUUAUUUCGGGGUUUUUAAUGGUUAAAUAUAGUCUGAAGGUGGAGGGAACGGAACAGAUUCAAAGUUCUGUUAUUUCUUUUCCUUUUUCGUUGGAGUGAGAUAGAAUGGUUCCAUUCUUUUUCUUUUAAUUAACUUUUACAUUUACAAUUACAAUUUGGUUUCCUUCCUAUAGGUUUUAUCUUAUAAAUUUUACUUUCCUUUGGCUUUUUAUGAGAAAACGGAGAGGGAUGGCUUUUUAUAAAAUAUGUUAAAGAGAAAAAUAAUGAUUAUGUCUAGACAAAAUAUAUAUGUAUGUGUAUAAUUGGGCGGGUUUGGGUAGGAUAGUGAGAAAUUCAUGCCUACCCAUUACCCGCAAUAUUCGGGUUUGGGUUUUACCCGUACCCACUAAAAGUCCUUCGGAUUCAGGUAUUACCCUGUCCGUUAGGUCGGAUUCGGGCGGAUAUCCACGGUUACAGAUAUUUUUGCCAUCCCUAAAUGGAGCACAUGAAGGUCCCACUUUUAUUCUUUAAACCAAUCGGAGUGUUUGUAUUUUGAUAGUUAAAGUACAACCAGUAAGCUAAUGCACUAGUAGGUAGGUGCUCCAACAAAUGUAGCCUUAUGGGUAAAUCAUGUCUUCAGAGUGAACCAAAUGAACCGCAAAUUGACCCACUAGCCCAACCAAUUAUUAAUCAAACUUUUCGAAAUACAAACUAUUAGUAAAUUUUUUUUAACACAUCAAAAUUGCUAUCGAAAAGUUAACAUUUGACUAAUAUUUUGAAAUUUUGAAAGAUAAGACUAAUAAUUUGAAAAGUUAAAAAGGUUUGGCUAAUAAAUUGUAUUUACCUAU